GAGAGAUCAGUAUGUCGCUGAGCAUCAAGAAUCCGAUUGCUGAGGUGGGACGCCUCGACCCGCCGACCCGGCUCCUGUGCGGCCCAGGGUGAGUGAGGGGAACAUACAAGGCGCAUACACACACGCACGAGCAAGCGCAGCAGCCUCUGUGCGCUGCGGCAGCGGACACAUUGAAAUCGAUGCGUGACGCUCUUCUGCUGUGGUGUUGUGUGUGUCAGGCCUGGCAAUGCCCACCCCCGCGUUCAUGCCGCCAUGUCCAUCCCACAGGUGGGCGAGAAAAGGCCAACACGUGGCAGAUCUGUGCAGAUGUCGGUGAUCUGUGGUCUUGGGGGGGAUGAUAGAUCGGUCACAUGGACCCGGCGUUCCUCGACAUAGUGGAGGACCUCAAGAAGCUGCUGCGCUAUGCGUGGCAGACGGAGAACGUCUUCACCAUCCCCGUGUCAGGUAAACAGAAAACACGCAGGCAGGCAGCCAGGCAGUCGGGCAUGUGUCGAAGUGUGCUGCUGCUCUCUUGUCUGCAGGCACCGGCAGCGCUGCGUGGGAGGCGGCUGUGGCCAAUGUGACGUCGCCAGGCGACAGUGAGCAACACAACACAUACGACAGGGAGGGGCACACGGCACUUUCUGCGUACCUCUUAUCCAUGGUGGUGUGUCAGUUCACCUGACGUGUGUGAGUGGGUACUUCGGCGAGCGUCACUGUGACAUGGCAUCCAGAUACGGCGCGGACGUCAGGUAGGAAACGAACCCCACACACAGACAGGCCGUACGAUGUGUGGUGUUCAGGCGCAUCGAGAAGCCUUGGGGUGAGGUUUUCACUCUCGAUGAGAUCAAGAAGGCCGUCGCCGAACACAAGCCACAAGUAGCCCACACCCUCGCUCUCGAGCACCUGCCCACCUGAUUGUCGUGCCGGUCGGUUGAUGCGAUGCGUUCAUUCAGGUGCUGUGGAUCUGCUACGCCGAGACAUCGACCGGUGCGCGUCAGCCGCUGGACGGCAUAGCGGAUGUGUGCCACGCCAACAACUGCCUGUUCAUGCUCGACACCGUCACGGCGAUCGGCGGCGUGCCCCUCUUCCUCGACAAGAGCGGCGUCGACAUCUGCUACGCGGGUUGGUACAUACACACACACACGCACGCUCACAGAUGGAUCGAGAGAGACAAGAGGGGAAUAUAUUGUUCUGAGUGUGUAUGUGUGUUGCAGGGACUCAGAAGUGCCUGAGUUGUCCGCCUGGUGUUGCCCCGCUCACCAUCGGCCCCAGGGCGCUCAAGAAGAUGGAGGACCGGGCGGCCAAGGUGAGAGGGGGAGGGAGGGAAACAGGGAAACGGGGCCAUGGCUUUCUCACUCGCACGAGGGAUUAUGUGUGGCUGUGUUUAGGGCGAGAAGGUGGCCAACUGGUACCUGGACAUGACGAUGAUUCAGAAGUAUAUCGUGGCUCCUGAAGGGGCGCCCAGGGUCUACCACCACACCGCGCCCAUCAGGUACGUGCAGAAGACACACAGGCAAACGUCACAACCAGCCAUCGACACCUCCAUGUGUGUGCGUGGGUGUGUGUGUUUGUGCAGCAUGGUGUAUGCCAUGCGCGAGGCGCUGACACUCAUUGCGGAGGAGGGCCUGGAGAACUGCUGGAAGAGGCACCAGGUCACAAGCGCGACCACACACCACCAGAACCACGACCAAGACACUUACGUCUCUGUGUGCAUGUAUGUGUGCAGGAGACGGCCGAGUACUUCUGGGGACUGAUCGAGGCUGCGGGCAUGGAGAUGCUCAUCCCCAACAAGGAGCACCGGCUGCCCUCCCUCCACACCGUCAAGGUGCCACAGGGCAUCGACGCCGGCAAAGUCGUCAAGGUGCGCUGGCAGACUGGUGCGACACAUCGCCCCCGUGACCUCUCGUGUGUGUGGGUGGGUGUCGUUUGUACAGCACAUGCGCGAGAAGUUCCAGAUUGAGAUCGGCGGCGGGCUGGGCGCCCAGCUCUCAGGAAAGGUACGUAUCAUAUAUCAUGCCCCACGAUCGCGUCGACUGGCAAUGUAUCCACCCGGUUUGUCCGUUUUGUCAGGUGUGGCGCAUUGGUCUGAUGGGCUACAACAGCCGCAAGGAGGUGGCGCUCACCAUCGUGGCCGCCCUCAAGGACGCACUCGUGGCGCAGGGCUGGAAACCCAAAGCCUGACCGCCCUCUUCUGACCUGGCUGGCUUUCGGUUCUUUGGAUGGAUGGAUCGAUACAUACGCUGUGGUGGAUGGACGGGCCGGGUGGUUUUUCUGUGGUCAUGCACAGUGAUUGCGCUGGGUGGGCGAGACACACGCCGCCGCUGGCUGAGGGAUUUUACGGUCUCUCUCGUCUCGUUUUGGAGUGGCUCGCGGACGGUUGUGUAUGCGUAUGCGUGUGGUGGUUGGUUGGUUGGUUGGUUGGUGCGUGUCAUGCUGAUCAAUUUUCCAUUCCAUUUUUGGUUCAGUGAUGGUGACGGUGUCAUCGAAUGAGGGCUGAGGAUUGUUUUGCGCCUGCUGGCCUCGUGUUGUUGUGUUGCUUGCGGAAAGGUGGGGGGCCCACACCACACAGGGGUUUGCACCAGACAGACAGACAUGCGAAUUUGAUGAGGAGAGAGAGACCCAAAGGGACAGGAAUUAUGUCAUUCACUGCUCGUUCACGGACAGACGCCAGAUGAUGGGGGAUCGUAUUCAUGCCCCGUUGGCUGUCCAUAUGUGUGUGUGUCUGUCUGUCCAUGUGUGUGACGUGCUGACCCAAAACCUCACUGGACGAAAAGGGAGUUUUGAGUUUGUUGAACCACCUCACUUGCGCCGGGGCCAGCUUCAUGUAGCCUGGAGACUGAUACAUGUCUCGCGUGUGCUCGACAUGCGCACCGCGCGCUCUUCACACCCAAGGCAAAUCACCC